UUCUGGUUUAGAGUUGAUCUCGCACUCAUAAGUGAUGAACUUAAAUGACAAGCAUAAACACUUCAGUGCUGCCUCCUUAUUGAUGAUUGAUGUUCCUUCUAAGAAUAAUAUGUGAACAAUAAUAAUAUUUCAUGAUGCUAAUCUAUCGCUUGUACAAUAUGUAAGUGAUGUUAUUAGAGUUUAUCCUGCAAAAACUUUCCAGCAACUUUAUGCUGACGAUACCUAAUGCAGCAAUAGAAUCAAAAUCCAUAUUUUACAAUCCAUAUUCACUACCCAUAUCAGCAGUUUAGAUGAUCAUUAUGCAGCGAAGUGUGCCGGUCGCAGCAAUACUGCUGAGCAAGAUCGCGCUUGUAAUGGCAAACUUUUCGCUACGCACGCCCUCUGCUAGCCUAGCGUCACAUGAAAACCUCUACUCCGUCAAUACCACGUCCAUGUACGACAAUUGUACCAACAAUACAGAAGACGCUGAAUGUUUUAAUGAACCUAGCUGGCCUCAGUGGAAGAAAACCCUUGACUUCGCUGCUACAGUAAUUAUGGCAUCGAACACCGUCAACCUCAUGCUGGGCAUGGGCUCAGCUACGGACUGGAGGAAAGUAAUCAGUCACGCCUGGCCCCCGGUUGGUAUCCUGAUCGGGAUGGCAGGACAGUUCGUCAUCCUGCCGGCGUGCGGUGCCACCCUCGCCUGGGCCUUCAAGCUCACGCCCUACGAGGCCAUGGGGGUGCUCAUGGUGUCGUCAUGCCCUGGCGGGUCCUUCUCGAACUUCUUCACUUACUGGGUAGACGGAGACCUCGCGCUCAGCAUCGUGAUGACGACAUUCUCAUCUAUCCUGGCCUUGGGAGGGAUGCCAUUGAAUUUAUGGAUGUACUCGAAAAUAUGGCUAGAUGUCGACGACAACUCCCCCAUAAUCAUACCGUACGCGACCAUCAUGAAAACUUUAGUCUUCAUUACUGCGCCGGUGGCAGUCGGUAUGGUGAUUAGACACUAUCGUCCGAGAAUAGCCUCAAUUGUUACAAAG